GUUACAGGCAGUUAACCUCAAGAUGAGCCAGUCAACCUUCACAAACACAGAGUCCCAGCCACUGUCACUAACCUAUUUGUUUUUAUAUAUCUAAAAUAAGCUUUCACAUUUCGGAGUGCAUUGGCAAAGAGCUCUCUGCAAAAGGAUGACUUUACAGUCUCUAACUGCUGUAAACUGUGCCAGUCUUAUUCAACCAGGCUGCUCCCUGCUUGAGUUGGAGGGUGAUGUUUACCUCUUCGGCCAAAAAGGCUGGCCAAAACGCUCAUGUCCGACUGGAGUUUUUGGUGUGCGGCUAAAACAAGGAGAACUUAAGCUCCGUCCAAUUUCUUUCUCAAACAGCUCCUGUUAUCUUCCUCCCCUUCGAUGCCCAGCGAUAGCUCAUUUUAAGCCCUCCGAUGACAGCCCUGAAUGUUACCUCAUUCACGGCGGGCGAACGCCCAACAACGAGCUGUCCUCAAGUCUCUAUAUGCUGAGCGUGGACAGCAGGGGAUGCAACCGUAAGAUCACCUUGCAAUGUAAAGAGAAGGAGUUGGUUGGAGAAAUUCCUAGCGCACGGUAUGGCCACACCAUCAGCGUGAUCCACAGCAGAGGGAAGACGGCCUGUGUUUUAUUCGGUGGUAGAUCCUACAUGCCGCCUGCUGAGAGAACCACGCAGAACUGGAACAGCGUUGUGGACUGUCCACCACAAGUCUUCCUUAUUGACCUGGAGUUCGGUUGCUGUUCUGCACAUAACCUACCCGAGCUCACUGAUGGCCAGUCAUUUCACGUGGCCCUGGCAAGAGAGGACUGUGUCUACUUUCUGGGCGGUCACAUUCUCAAUUCUGAUUGUCGACCUCCUCGACUGAUCCGUCUACGUGUGGAGCUUCUCCUAGGAAGCCCUGUCCUGACCUGUAGUGUUCUGCAGGAUGGUCUGGCUAUUACCAGUGCCAUUGUUGCUCCUAUUGGCUAUCAUGAGUACAUCAUUAUUGGUGGUUACAAAUCGGAGUCCCAAAAGCGUAUGGAAUGCACUUAUGUUGGACUUGAUGAUGUUGGAGUACACAUGGAGCAACGUGAACCACCACAGUGGACCGGCGAAAUAAACCAGAGCCGAACUUGGUUUGGCGGAAGCUUGGGAAAAGGAAGCACGCUUCUUGCCGUUCCCACGGAAGGAAAUCCAACUCCACCAGACGCCUACCAUUUCUACCAAAUCAGCUUCCAGCAGGAACGAGAUGGAGAUCAAACAACUCAAGGCUGCAGUCAGGAGUCCAAUGAGUUGGAGGACUCUGCACCAUUGGAGGACUCGGAGGAGCUCUAUUUUGGCCGAGAACCUCACGAGUUGGAGUACAGCAGCGAUGGAGACGGUGACACCUACAACGAGGAAGACGAGGAGGAUGAAUCUCAGACCGGUUACUGGAUCAAGUGUUGCCUCACCUGCCAGGUAGACCCAAACACAUGGGAGCCAUUUUACUCUACUGAGCUCACCCGUCCUGCCAUGAUCUACUGCUCCAGGGGUGAAGGUGGACACUGGGUUCAUGCUCAGUGCAUGGAGCUCUCCGAAAGCCUUUUGCUUCGACUCUCGCAAGGCAACAGCAAGUACUUCUGCCUGGAUCACGGAGGCCUGCCCAAACAAGAGAUGACACCACCACGCCAGAUAUUGCCUUUGAAGAAAGUCCCAUUGAAGAUGACCCAUCGCAAGACUCCAGUCACACUGAAAAUGACCCCAGCCAAGAAAAGCUUCAUCAGGAGACUUUUUGACUGAGCUGUUGUUGUGGAAUGUCAUGAGAUCAAACAAAUGUGAUUUUUGUGUGUUUGGUUGUUUUAUAUAUUCACGGUGUAAUUUUCAGACUGAUUUAAACCACUGAAAUGUUUUUUAG